AUGGAAGAGGCAGCAGUAGCCAUAAUCAAUGCUGAGGAAGGUGGAAAUGAUGAUGAAAGUACUGAUGGGAUGAGGCUUGUUCAGCUUUUAAUUACUUGUGUUGAAGCUGUGGCUUAUCGUGACAAGUCACAUGCCUCAGCCUUAUUGUCUGAGCUUCGUUCUAGUGUUUUGGUUUUUGGCUCCUCUUUCCAGCGCGUUGCAUCUUGCUUUGUCCAAGGCAUUGCUGAUAGAUUGUCACUGGUUCAACCACUAGGGAUAGUUGGUUUCAUUGCACCAAUGAUGAACAUAAUGGACAUUAGCUGUGAUAAGAAGGAAGAAACUUUGCGCCUUUGUGUCGGUAGGUUCCAAACCAUUGGUGAUGAGCUGAUGAAAUAUGCAAAAGACUUGGGAAUUAACCUGGAGUUCUGGAUGUUGGAAAGCAACUUGGAAAACCUGCGUCCUGAUGACAUCAAAGUAUUUGAUGGUGAAGUUCUUUUGAGCAAGACUCAAGCCACAAUGGACCGUUCUUCCUGGGAAGAUUUAUGGAAUUCUGUCUUACAGAUGAUUCAUGCUCUCUCACCAAAAGUUCUUGUUCUAGUUGAGCAAGACUCAAGCCAUAAUGGACCGUUCUUCCUGGGAAGAUUUAUGGAAGCAUUGCAUUAUUAUUCAGCAAUUUUCGACUCCCUAGAUGCUAUGCUGCCUAGGUAUGACAACAGACGUGCCAAGGUGGAAUAG